GCGGGCGGGCGCCGGGCGUGGCGGCGGUGGGCGCCACGAGGCUUAUAGGCAUGGACUUCGAGGCCGUGCAGCUGACGGUGGGCGCGGCCAGCUGCUGCGUCUACCUCCUCGUCUGCUGCUCCUUUGGCCUCGCCUGGGCCCGGGGCGCGGCCAGAGCGGGCGACGGCCUCCGCGGCUGCGCCAGGCUUCUGCGCAGGCAGUGCUGGAAGCUGGGCAGGUGGGACCCGCAGGCGCUGAGCAUGAUGGAGAGGGAGCGCAUCGUGUUUGUGAAGCAGCGGGCGUGCUAUCUGAUAACGUCCAGAUUUCCCUCCUGUUGGUCGCCUGCGUGGUCGUGCAGGGCUUCCCCGACUGCGUCACCACCAGGUCUUUGCACUUCUUCUACGUGGUGCUGUGCAUGUACCCUGUCUGUUCGGCAAUUGCGGGGCUGGAUGUGA